GCAGGACCAGAUCAAUUUCUACCAUUCUCGCCAACACUCGGUCGGUUCUCUCUGUUGUACGCUAAGGAAUUCCGUUUUGUUGCCGUUCUCUCUUUGCUCCUCCCCACCGUUAUCAUAAAAACAUAAUUUUCAUUUUAUAGCGUUCGGUUUUGUAUGGCAGGAACGCCGUCCUGCAACAUUAUUCGUAAUUUUACCGAGCCCAUAACGGCGGAAUUCCAACGCGACUUCGUCGGGUCGAUGUCUUCCUCGAAAUGUUGUUUUUAUUAUUAUUAUUGUCAUAAUAUAGCAGGAGUAGCACCAAGUGUUAUUUUGUAGUUUUUUUCUACUAAAAAACUGUGUUUUUUCCGGUAGUUUUAUGGAUUUUUUGUGCUAAUUUUUUUUUAGACAACUAUCAUGGCUUUAAACCAUAAAAUCCAGAAACACAAACGAGUUGGUUCCACCGGCACUACAGGGGAUGAAUCCUAUUCGUCAGACGAAGAAGACAACGUGGAUCUGGAAAACGGUGACGUCACUCUAAGGAACCAAAUGGGAAGACACGGGUAUAGUGAUAGAGCUGGUUACGCUUACUCGGCUGUGAACACGAUUACCGAAAAGGCGUUAAUGUCUGAUAGGAACAGUUCGGAUAGUUCGAUGUAUAGUGAUCUGGAUUUGGAGAAAUGCGAUUUGGAGGUGAUCUCGGCUUUCGAUAUAAAAGAUGAUAGUGAUAAUAAGAGCGCUGCCAGUGGGAGUGAUCAAAUUGAUUGGUCUGGAUCCGUGGUGUCUUGUAAGGAUCAUAUUGUCCUUGGUUUGCAGGAUGAACUAAAACAAGUGCACCGACAAUUAAAAGUCAAAGACGAAGAACUGGCGAGAGUUAACAGGAUCAGGCAGGACGUAGAAGCCGAACUGGAAGAUCUCACCGCAAGCCUGUUUCAGGAGGCCCACAAUAUGGUUCGAGAGGCGAACGAAAAACAGGCUGCAGCCGAAAAAGCCCUAAAAGAAAGUCAAAUGAAGGUCGAUGUGUUGACUGCGGAAGUAGCGGCACUGAAGACGUUGGUUUUGACGUCGACACCCAGCAGUCCGAAUCCGCAUUUGCAUCCUCAGAUUUCGAAGGACGAAACGGGUGUGGCAAUAUUUAACAAAAAACACAGAAGAUCCCCGUCGCAUUAUAACCUGCGGUACGGGCGGGAAAACUCACCCCCGGACUCCCCUAUAAAGGAGUCAUCCGGAAUCGCGAUUUCCACGGUAGAAAUCGAUUGUAAAGACGAACAAGAGGUUGAUCCAGUGUUCCACAAAGAAUUCCUGACCUGGCGUAAAGAUCCAGUUUUAAGUAAAACCAACACGUUUAUCCAGAGGAUCUAUCGCGAAGACAUCACCAUGUGCCUGGAGUUUAGCAACAAAGACUUAAUGGAGAAACUGUUGAUAUCCGUGGAGGACGGUUCUGUUCUUGUCGAGGCUGUGGGGGAUAAAACUAAGGCGAUAUUUCCCAAGACUUGUGCUCUCUUGCAAGUGCCACGCCUAUGUUUUUAUCGUAUGAGGGUCGGCGAGGACGACACCUGGUAUACUAUAUCGCAAAUAUGUAGGAAUAGGAUAAUUGCUGUCUGUGAUUUUUUAAAUUAUUUGAAGUAUAUUCAGCGGGGGUUGGUUAAGAGUUCUGCUCACGACGUUUAUUGGCAAAUCAUCAAACUCCGCAAGAACAUGUCACUUGCUCGACUAGGAUUAGAACUUACCAGUUAAUAUUUCUAACUUAAGGCGCUUGGCUUUUAAUAGAAAAUGCACCACCCCUGUAUAUACCAUGUACGGGGCGUCCCAAAAAUCCAUCGUUUAUUUAAAUACAGAAUUUUGCUAUUUUCUGGGACACUCUUUAUUCGUUUUUUAAGCUUUUGUUAACUAUUGUGCCAAAAUAUAAAAAUUAGCUACAAUAUUUUGUUAAAAUAAAUUAUGUAAAAAUUAAUGCCAAAGAUAUUACGUAGUAAAAAAAAACGAUAUUUUUUAAAUAUUUUAUGUGUAUGAGUUGUAUAUAUUUGAUAUUUUAUUGCAUAAUAUUUUAGUUUAUAUUUUUUUUAUAUAAAACUGUUAUUGUUAUAUUAAUCUCAGUUAUGUAAAGAAGCGAACUAUUAGUAUAUAAUUUAGCCGAUAAGGUUAAUAAAGGUCAUUACUAUGAUGAAAUUUCGU